GACACUGAAAGGAAAACAUUUGAGCGGGAAAGACCGCCUCAACUUGUUCGAAUUUCGAAAACAGGAAACGCACUGUCAUUGGCUGCCUCACACCGUCACGUAACCACAUUAACCAAUCAAAUGCCUCUGCUGAAGCUCCGCCUAAUAUCUCAGGACAGUUUAAAAGGUUGCUGCACACCGGAACAAGUCAUUCCGUUCUAGGAAGCUAACCAGAAAAUCUAAGUACAAUGGCAAGAACCAAACAAACUGCUCGUAAGUCCACCGGAGGUAAAGCCCCGAGGAAGCAGCUCGCCACCAAAGCCGCCCGUAAGAGCGCUCCGGCCACCGGCGGCGUCAAGAAGCCUCACCGCUACAGGCCCGGCACCGUGGCUCUGCGGGAGAUCCGUCGCUACCAGAAGUCCACCGAGCUGCUGAUCCGCAAGCUGCCCUUCCAGCGUCUGGUGCGAGAGAUCGCUCAGGACUUCAAGACGGAUCUGCGCUUCCAGAGCUCCGCCGUCAUGGCCCUGCAGGAGGCCAGCGAGGCUUAUCUGGUCGGUCUGUUCGAGGACACCAACCUGUGCGCCAUCCACGCCAAGAGAGUCACCAUCAUGCCCAAAGACAUCCAGCUGGCCCGCCGCAUCCGUGGAGAGCGCGCCUAAACACACGACUGACUCACACAGUCAACACCAAAGGCUCUUUUCAGAGCCAC